AAUGUAGUAGUACAUGACAAAUUAAUAAAACGAACGAAAAGGGCUAAUUUUAGGACAUUGCAAGCUCUGCAACUUAGAAAAAGUUGUUUCCAUUUUCCAACCAACAGUUUUGUUUGCUCUCACUUUACUGUUUCUUCUGUUUAUGCUCCUCUCCAUGUGUGUAUCACACUAGAAAUAUGCAUAUUUUUCUUUGAUUUUUAGCUGCUCUCAACAGGUAAUACCCAAGAUUUUGUAAUGUGGUUAUGUAGAAACAUGUUAUAAUAUCUGAUUUAGGUGAUGGGUUGUAAGGAUCAUGCCUGGCUACAUUUAAAAUUUUCUGCUUCGAUUGUUAGCCUUACUUGACUACACAGAACAUGCAUGUAACCGAUUUCAGUGAGACACUAUCCUUGGAAAUUGAAGGGACAUUGUUAUGUUACCUCAUUAAUUAUUGUUGCUCAAGGUUCAAACUAUUAUCUGUUAAGAAAAUAUAAAAUAUUUUUUUAAUAAAAUUAUUGUCCGUGUGAAAUUUUGAUUUUUCCCCUUUGUUAGUUGCUUCUGCAUCUAUAGGUUCUACUUGUUGUGUAGCAGCGUGCAUAAUGAUCCAUUUGCUCCUAUGACACUAGCUACGUAGAUCUAUUCUUGAAAACUGAAAGGUAGUCGAAAGGAAGUCUGGAGUAACCGGUAAAGUCGUUGCUGUGUGACUAGUAGAUCAGGGGUUCAAGCCAUCGAAACAGCCUCUUGCAUAAGGUAAGGUAAGGUAAGGCUGUGUAGAAUAGAACCUUGUGGUUCGGCCCUUCCCGGACCUGUGCAUAGCGGGAGCUUAAGUGUAUGAGACUGCCCUUUUCUUUUCAAAGGUAGUCGAUAGAAUUUGCAAAAGGGUGAUGACCAUCAUGUUGAACCUUAAUAAGUUGCCUAGAUAGUGUUACAUCAUUUAUUUUUUUUAACAUCUUAAUAUGCCUUGGUUCACCAUUUCAUCUGUUCUUUUAAUUAAUAUUAUUUUCUAAACUUAAACUUCUAGUCGAUACUUUCAUAUACUUUUGUAGGAUUUAAAAGUUUCUGGAAAAGCAUACUCUGUAUAGGGAGGAGAUGCAACGCGAGAACAAAGCAUGUGAUGGGUGCAAGGACUGCCGGUUGAUACAUGGAAAGGGGGUUAUUUCUUUCUUUAAAGUAAUGAUUGACAAAAGUUUCUUAAAAGUUCUGCAUUUUCCCCCAAAGUUUGCUCGAUCAGUUUCACACCUGACUGAUCAGAAGACUUAUUUGGAGGACUCAAGUGGACGGCGAUGGAGGGUAAGAGUGUGUAAGCAUGGUGGUUCACUUGCAAUCAAACAGGGGUGGCCUGAAUUUUCAUCAGAACAUGGUCUGAAAGUGGGCGAGUUCUUGGUUUUCCACUAUGUUCAGGAUAAGCACUUCAUUGUUCAAAUAUUUGGAACAAGCGCUUGUGAGAAAAUCAAGUUCUGCAGUGACGUUGGCAAAGGAAGAAAAAGAGCAAGAACUUACCUAGAAGCAACUAACCCCGUUGAGCUGCUUCAAACAACUGCUAUAGAUUCAGUCAAGAAAAAGAGUAGAUUAUCGGCUGCAUUAGAGUCUGAAAAGGCCACAUACAAGCCAAAUAUUGUCAACUUUGCAGUAAAUGUUGAUACUGUCACUGAGAAGGGAUGGUCAGUGCAUUCAGCUAUACAUGUGGAUGAAUCAUUUUGUGUGAUUGAUAAAAAUACUCAAUAUGAUCAAGAAGAUGACAGGUUGUGCUUGCAUCUGUCAAGUUUUGAGAUGCCAGCAAGCAAACCUGUUGAAGAAGGAAUUAGCAGUCCCUUAAAAGGUAACAAUGGAAAUGAUAAUCAUGUUGAUACCAAUUCAAGAUCAAAAACAGAACCAAAUUUAAAUUUAGAGAACAAGAAGUUAAAUUCAGAAGCACUGUUGUCACAGCUUGAGGCUGGAAUCAAGGCAACCAAUAUGGUUAGUAGACCAGCAGAGGAUGUUCCACCGCUAGCAGAGGAUAUUCCACCACUGGGUCCAAAAUAUAAGAAUUCCUACGAAGUAUCUCAGUUUCCUAGGGAACCAAGAGUAAUCAAGAAAGAAUUAGAGGAAGCCAGGGAAGCAAGAGUAAUCAAGAAAGAAUUAGAGGAUAUAGCAACAGAAGCAUUUUCUCCUGCUAGAGCAAUACACGGAGGAGAGUAUGCAAAUGGUAAUCAAAAAGUCAUCAAAUGUGAGCCUGCUGAUUCAAGAGAUGCACCAUCCCUAAAUGCAGUCAACUAUUCAUGUUUGCUGGAGAUUGAUGGCCGAGAUUUUCUGGAAUUACCAGAAUCCUGGCGAAAACAUUUACUGAAAAAGGCAAAGCAGGGAAGGAUGAUUAUUUUUCUCAGAGGACCGGAUAAAAGAAUCUGGCCUGUCUUUUAUCACAGUAGAUCACGUUUUAAUGUUUUGACAUGUGGAUGGAAACAAGUUGCUGCAGCUUAUGGCCUGAAUCCAGGAAAUGAAUGUCUUUUUCAACUUGUAGAUCAGCGGGAAUGUAUAUUUGAUGUACGCAAAAUAUGAAAGUCCAAAAGUAAGAUACCCAAAGAACUAGUUGGAGUCUAUUACCUUAAGCAGUUACAGGGGGAAUGAAAGAGGAGCUAUGCCAGUCUCUCAUUAUUGGUUUUUGAACAACUUUAAACUGUUGCCUUGCUGGGUCAUAUCCUAUUUGGUACUAUCUUUUUGAAGCUGCACUUUAUGUACUACUGUUACUCAUAUACUCUUCACAAAUUAUCAUUUCAUCAUAGACAAACUUGGGAUUUGAUAUCCUGGGUAGAUCUGUUCAGGCUCAUAGAAACCUAUCUAGUAAUUUUCGCAACUCUUAUCAUAGAAGUCGGUAAUAUUUUGAGUACAGUUACAUGUUUGCUCAACUUUUUUUAUCUGAUGAGGUCCAAUUUCAAAGAA